AUGAAUUUGAUGUUUCGGAAGAACUUCAGCGGUGAGAAGACGGUUUCGGGGGGAGGGGGUGGGGGGAAGGCGAAGGGGGCUUUGGGAGCAGGAAGGAAUGCUAAGCGGAGGGACAGGGACCGCUAUUCAUGUAUGGAGGAACAUCACUACAGAACCCACUUGUUCUUCUCAGCACCUAGGGCCAGUACCCAGUACAAUGAUGGCUCAGGUAAUUCGGGAAAAAGAUGUGGUCCGGUCAUUGGAGGUGGUAUCGGCUUGGAUCCGGAACCACCACAGCCUUUGGUGACCAGGGAACCCUCGGUGUCUCUACUGCGAUGGGAAAAACCAGUCACUUCGGAGCGCAGAAGGACAGAACCGGUUUCGCUGGCAACCCUCGAAAGAGACUGCUUCGUUAUACCAGCUCAUGCCUUGGAUCGGUUCUUACCUGAUGGUGUACCGCUACCCGUGCCUCCACCGACGCCCGAAAAGGGGAUUACGACAAAAUCUGGCCAAAAUUCUCUUAGCAUUUUAGAAGUCGCGGAUCCAAAACUGUGUAUAUUAGCCCAUUUGAUGAGCCCUUUAGAACCUAUAGAGCCUAUUCUAGAAUCUCCACUUGCCAAACCUCUAAUCAGACAAAGAACUGCUGCCAUAGAGUUGUUGAGUGAUGUCGCUCACGCAAACACCGCGGUCGGCGGAAUGCUCUUGGCAAAUAUGGAAAAGAAUGCUGAAUUUCCUUUCAUAUCCUACUACGUGAUCAACACGACACAAACCGAUCCUUUACUGUUUUAUAAUAAUAUGAGAAGUGCGUCCUUGUCGAAGUUCGAUCCGAAAACUAUAAGGUAUUCGGCUGCUCAUACGUUGGACUUGUAUAGUGAAGUCGCAAUGAUCUGUAGACCGCCGUUCAACGAUCUCGCCGGUGGACCGAAAAAGUCACAUACUGCGACCACGGGAUUCAUUAUCAGUGUUUACAAGGUAUUCGAAGGUGAUGAUGGCGAACGUUUUGAACGCAACUGGUUGUAUUGGACUGGAGCGAGGAUGUUGUACCGGCACCUACCACACUCGGUCGGCAUGAGAAAGAUAGCGUUACACAAAUCAGUCGCCGCUCACGGUGACAAGAUGUAUCUACUGGUUUGCGAGUGCGCCAACUUGUUGGACGACUUGUCCGGGGCGGCCAUGUUGAUAACCGCACUGCGAGCACGCCUAUGCGGCUACACGGGCCUAUACAGACCUAUACAAACUUUUUAG